CAAAGACUCAAGCGACGCGGAAAGCCUUUAGUUUCUGCUGGACAGAUUGUGAAUGAAUCUUGAAGUCCAAUGAUGCCCAUGCUGAUUUUAAGCUUGGAUUUUGUGGCCUUGAUUGCCGCAGCUGACCCCAGCAGAAGCCCAGUCAAAGGGGCGGCCCCUCACCUCUCAGCGAGUUGAUAUGCAAAAUAGUUACGUCAGAAGGUGGGGGCGGGGCUCCCCGGGCUUGAGUGGCAGCAGCUUUUGCCUGGGAGGAGGCGCGAGAAUCAGCCUGGUUCAGUGACUGAGACAAACUGGAGGUGAGCGGAGCUGGUGCUGUCCACUGUGCUGUCGGUGCUGAACCUGGGACGCGACGCCAGCGGACCCGUUGCUCCAGCACCUGGAGGCAACGCCCUCUUGCACCCUCUGUGUCCUGUGGGACCUGCUUUACCAGCAGGACCCAUAUCAACUUGACAAAGGAGUGUAUCGGACGUGGGAGAGAGUCCUCCGUUUUGCAACCAGGGCGCCCAUUCAGGCGUGACUUUAGAGAUUUCUAUAGUUUUAGAACAAACUAUUUUGGUUUUUUCCAAGCUAAGACGAUCUUUUUAAUCUUUUUUUUUUUUUUAAACUGUGAUUCACACAUCCACAUCCUUUAGGAAUCUUUCUGGGGGACUUUUUUAUUACUUAAAAUAAGGUGAAAGUCAAUAAGGAUGUUUAAGCACUGGUCAGCUGUUUUUGUUCUUUGGUGCAUUUUUCUGGAGUCAGAAGGAAGACCAACAAAAGAAGCAGGAUAUGGCCUUAAAUCCUACCAACCUUUAAUAAGAUUGCGACAUAAGCAGGAAAAAAGUCAAGAAAGUUCAAGAAUCAAAGGAUUUCUGAUUCAGGAUGGCCCUUUUGGAUCUUGUGAAAAUAAGUACUGUGGCUUGGGAAGGCACUGUGUGAUCAGCAGACAGACAGGGCAAGCAGAAUGUGCCUGCAUGGACCUUUGCAAACGGCACUACAAACCUGUGUGUGGAUCUGAUGGAGAAUUCUAUGAAAACCACUGUGAGGUACACAGAGCUGCUUGCCUGAAAACGCAAAAGAUUACCAUUGUUCACAAUGAAGACUGCUUCUUUAAAGGAGAUAACUGCAAGAGCACCGAAUACAGCACAAUGAAAAGCAUGCUUUUAGAUUUACAAAAUCAAAAAUAUAUUACCCAAGAAAAUGAAAAUCCUAAUGGCGAUGACAUAUCUCGGAAGAAGCUGUUGGUGGAUCAAAUGUUUAAAUAUUUUGAUGCAGACAGUAACGGACUUGUAGAUAUUAAUGAACUAACUCAGGUGAUAAAACAGGAAGAACUUGGCAAGGAUCUUUUUGAUUGUACUUUGUAUGAUCUACUGAAGUAUGAUGAUUUUAAUGAUGACAAGCACCUGGCUCUUGAAGAAUUUUAUAGAGCAUUCCAGGUGAUCCAGUUGAGUCUUCCUGAAGAUCAGAAACUAAGCAUUACUGCAGCAACUGUGGGACAAAGUGCUGUCCUGAGCUGUGCCAUUCAGGGAGCUCUGAGACCCCCCAUCAUCUGGAAAAGAAACAAUAUUAUUCUAAAUAAUUUAGAUUUGGAAGACAUCAAUGACUUUGGAGAUGAUGGGUCCUUGUAUAUUACUAAGGUUACCACAACUCACAUGGGCAAUUAUACCUGCUACGCUGAUGGCUAUGAACAUGUCUAUCAGACUCACAUUUUCCAAGUGAAUGUUCCUCCAGUCAUUCGAGUAUAUCCAGAAAGUCAGGCUAGGGAACCUGGUGUAACUGCAAGUCUUAGGUGCCAUGCAGAGGGCAUCCCAAAUCCUCAGCUUGGAUGGCUGAAGAAUGGAAUAGAUAUUACACCAAAGCUGUCCAAACAACUCACUCUUCAAGCAAAUGGCAGUGAGGUUCACAUAAGCAAUGUGCGCUAUGAAGAUACUGGAGCAUAUACUUGUAUAGCGAAGAAUGAAGCAGGAGUGGAUGAAGACAUCUCUUCUCUUUUUGUGGAAGAUUCUGCUAGAAAGACCUUAGCUAACAUAUUAUGGAGAGAAGAAGGUCUGGGAAUUGGGAACAUGUUCUAUGUUUUUUAUGAAGAUGGAAUCAAAGUGAUACAACCCAUAGAAUGUGAAUUUCAAAGGCACAUUAAGCCUAGUGAAAAGCUCCUUGGAUUUCAGGAUGAAGUCUGUCCCAAAGCUGAGGAAGAUGAAGUUCAGAAAUGUGUGUGGGCCUCUGCUGUUAAUGUCAAAGACAAGUUCAUUUAUGUUGCACAGCCAACUUUGGACAGAGUCCUUAUCGUUGAUGUGCAGUCCCAAAAAGUUGUUCAGGCAGUGAGCACAGAUCCUGUCCCAGUUAAAUUACACUAUGACAAAUCACAUGAUCAGGUUUGGGUCCUAAGCUGGGGUACCAUGGAGAAGACCUCCCCAACACUACAGGUAAUAACCCUGGCCAGUGGGAAUGUCCCUCACCACACCAUUCAUACUCAGCCAGUGGGAAAACAGUUUGACAGAGUGGAUGACUUUUUCAUUCCCACCACAACACUCAUUAUCACCCAUAUGAGGUUUGGAUUUAUUCUUCACAAAGAUGAAGCUGCACUACAAAAAAUUGACCUUGAAACCAUGUCAUACAUCAAGACAAUUAACUUGAAGGACUACAGCUGUAUUCCUCAGUCUUUGGCAUACACACACUUGGGAGGAUAUUACUUCAUUGGCUGCAAACCUGACAGCACUGGAGCAAUCCCACUGCAGCUCAUGGUAGAUGGUGUAACCGACUCAGUCAUUGGGUUCAAUAGUGAUGUGACAGGCACUCCAUAUGUCUCUCCAGAUGGCCACUACCUUGUCAGCAUUAAUGAUGUGAAAGGUGUCGUGAGGGUCCAGUACAUCACCAUCAGAGGAGAAAUUCAGGAGGCUUUUGAUAUUCACACAAAUCUGCACAUAUCUGAUCUGGCAUUUCAGCCGUCUUUCACCGAAGCCCACCAGUACAACAUUUAUGGUAGUUCAAGCCAACAAACUGAUGUGCUGUUUGUGGAACUCUCUUCUGGAAAGGUCAAGAUGAUUAAGAGCCUUAAGGAACCACUCAAGGCAGAAGAAUGGCCUUGGAACCGGAAGAAUAGGCAAAUCCAGGACAGUGGCUUGUUUGGUCAAUACCUGAUGACACCUUCCAAGGACUCUCUCUUCAUACUAGAUGGACGACUCAACAAGUUAAACUGUGAGAUCACUGAAGUUGAGAAAGGAAAUACAGUCAUUUGGGUUGGAGAUGCCUAAGGAGCCCUAUUGUAUAAUUAUUGAAGGAAGAGUUUUACAGUACAUUGCACUUAAUCCAUUGUUUAAAUUACAGCUUAACUUUUCAAUUUUAUAUCCUAGUAAAACAUAAUUUACUUAAUUGUCCCAAAUAGAUUGUUUUUAACCAAUACAUACACGAUAAUGUUGGUUGAUGAGAAAUAUUUAACACAAUAUUUAAUAAGAAAUUACAUCAAUCAGAGGAAUCAAAAUUAUAAUUACAUUUUAAACAAUAAAACAGAUUUUAAAACUUAAAAUAUAAUCUGCAGGGAAUUUCAGAUGACUUAAGUAUCAUUUCAUUUUGAGGGUAAUUUAUCUAAUUUUCUCUUUGUUCAUUUGGUACUCUUAAACCAGAAAUAAAAGGCUUUUUCGAAACUUAAAAUUCUUAAUUCAAAAUAUUCUGUCCCGUCCACUGUUUAUAAUCUUUUGUGCCUUGAAGGGAAUGUCACAGGAGGAAAAGGAAGGCUAAACGCUGCAUACGAACACCCUCAUAGCUAUAAAUCUGUUGUCAUUAAAAAUAUCUAAUAGCUCUUAUGCCAAAUUCUGCCUUCAGUUAUUUGUUUGACCCUCAGUGAAAUGUCAUUUGAAGGCAUAAGUUGGCCUUAGGUUGUAUACAGGUGGCAAAUUCUUUUUGACAUUUACUGUAUAAUCUGCAGCAUGCUAUAGAAAAUGGGGAGGAAGGGAGGAAAAAUAAUUAUGGUAGAAAUGUUUGUAAUGUUUUAUCUGAUCAUUUUGCUUUCAGUCACUAGAGUGCAUUAUAUUUUUAAUGCAAGUUUGUCUGGGAUUUUAACUGCUUACAAAUGUUUUCUUCAUUAUUAGAAGGAUUGAUUAUUUUCAUGUAGCCUGGUGUUGGUAUUGCAUAAUCAGGAAAUUUCACUUCUAAAAGAAGCAUUAUUUUGUGUCUGCUUCAGCGUGAACCACAUAUAUGGAAACUAACAGGAGAAAAAAAAAAACCAAAAACUAACUAGCAAACAAAAAACAACAAGAAAAAAAAACCUGAGGAGAACUAAUGAGACAUUAGUGGCUUAGGAGAAUUAGUAAUAGGAGUUAGGAAUAAGGGCACAGCCCCACAGUGGUGAGUAAAGAUGUACUUCUCUAUUGCUUUUGCUAUCUAAAUAUAACCCAUCAAAUAACUUCAUUCAUAAUCAUUUCCCUAAAUGACUUCUGUUCAACUCCUACAAAAUUCCCAAAAGACCUUCUCGCUAACUGUGUGGUGUAGUUGAAAACCUAACUAAUCCUCUUAUUUGAAACACUGAAGAAAAGUAAAAUUUAAAGGGUUUUUUUUUUUGUUUUGUUUUGUUUUUAAAGGGGAAAAAGGAAAGGUCAGUAGAAGUGCAUAAACAAACUUAAGAGUUGGCUUUUUGAAAUAAGCAGAUAAUUAUCCAGGAUUGAAGUAAUAGCUUACAUGUUUUGAGAUCUUUUUUUACUUAUUUUUUAUUUAUUAUUAUUAUUGCUAAAAAUGCUCCUGGGCUGUGGAAAUGACCUCCAUUUACUAAAGGUAAUUCAAUAAGGUCUUUUUUAAAUACAAAUUUUACUCAAUUUUACAUUGUGUAAAACUGCAUAGAAACCUGAAAUUUUAUAGUGUGUAAUAUCUUAUGUGUAUAUAGCAUCCUGAGCUGUGUAAUACAGUAGAUUUCUUCUUAGCUUAAGGAAACAUUAUGGGAGGUAGAUUAAUAAGCAACAAAAAUCAGCUUAUGUUUCUACUUAUUCAAUCUGCUUUAUUUUUAGCAGUUUUUCUCCCCUGUGCACAUGAAUCAUAUAAAAUAUCUGUAACUUAAUGAUUUAAUGUAAGUCUGUCCCAUACAUCUUUCUUUGGUAGUUUACACCACGUGGAUGCUCUGUCUGUAGUCAUUGCUUGAUAAAAGAAGAAUAAACCUUACAUUUUAA